AAGCUCCAACACUCUCUGUUUCUCAUCUACUUUUCUCUUUGAACUUAAUUCUCUACUCUCUUUUCCUAUCAAUUUUUUCUCAAACUUUCUGCCUCCCUUUCUCCAUUGGUCGGACCCCUUCUAUACUAGAAAGAAAAAGAAACCCAAACCCUUCACACUAUUCUCAAAUCCUAAUAUCAAAUUACAGAUAAAAUCCAAUCUUAUUCGGAAUUGAAAUCCCAAAACCCAACUAGGAAUCUGUAUAACUUCUUCUUUUAAUGUCAAAUUCAUACCUUUGUGCAUUAGAGUUCUAUUCCAAAUCGAAUUCAGACUCUUCUUCCUUGCAAUAGGCCCUAUCUAAUUCCCUCGAUUGGCUGACCUUGGCUCCGAAAAUCUCUACAUUUGAUGUCGUGAUUCAACCAAACUCAAGUGGAAUUUGAGAUUAAAUCAAGAGAGAAUCGAGAGAAGAGGCAGUUGACUUUCGGAGACAGGACUUGUGGGAAGUUAGGGUUGUUUUAUUCAGCCAAGGCUUCUUUUUCCCAUUGAGUUUAAAACGACAUGUUAGGUGAAUCUACUAUUCCAAUCCUCUUAAAAUUCAAAUUCAGCCAAAGCAGCGGUGUACUGUGCAGAAACUUGAAGGCUUCUUUAUGUAGUCAUCCCAUCAGUUUAGAUUUAGACGAUAUGGAUUCUAGCUUUAGGAUCUUAGUUAGAGCAAAAGUUGUGGCACUCUUCGCCCUCAUGGCCCUUGCUGUAUCUCUUUUUCCUGAUACUUAUAUCGCUGAUUGCGUCCCUUCUUCCUGUGGAAACCUUACUAUAGAUUACCCUUUCCGAUUACGCAGUGAUCCUAAGGAGUGUGGUUACCCAGAGCUUGAACUAGUUUGCGAGAACAAUCGCACCACUUUGCCUCUCAAACGUAGUACAUACCAAAAUUUCUUAGUGGAGGAAAUCUUUUAUGAUAAUGACACAGUUCGAGUGGUGGAUGCCAGUCUCGAUAGGAAUAAAUGUUCCAUUCCCUACUACCCUUUCCUUAAAUUUCAAUGUUGGCCGUUUCAGAAUGGGCCUUCAUUUGGGAAUAUAACUGAGAAUAGCAUCAUAAUUGAAGCUCAGUUCCCGGUCAUGCUAUCCAAUAUCUCAGGCCUCUCUGCUUCUGAUAUUUACCUUCAAAUGCUUAUGGGUUUUGAACUGAAAUAUUGGCCUUGGUUCCCCUACAAUAACGUGGAGUACUGCAGUAGUUCGCUCAGUUUGCUUAAGAAGAUAAAAGAAGAUCAUGAGAGGAAGAAACAGGCUUGAGUGUGAUUUUCCAUGAAGGAAAACGUCAGACUUUCAUGCCCUCUUCCAAACACAAAGACUAUUCAUUCAAAGAGAACUCACCUGUUAAACAAAAAUCUGAAAUUUUAUUCCAAAGAAAUAAUUGUUCUGUACAAGCUCUAUCACUCUCUGUUUCUCAUCUACUUUUCUCUUUGAACUUAAU